AUGUCAGAGGAGCCGGUGAACCCCAAGAGCCUCAUGCCCACCGAGUGGAAGUCCCUGUGGAAGACAGCGGAGGAGCGGCGCAUGUCCGACCUCACUCGGGUGCUGGAGUGGCUGGAGCGCAGGCAGGGGAGGAGGAAGCAGACUCUGCAGAAACAAAAGAACAAGAAGGAGACGUCCCCCAAAGCAGGUGGGAAGGAACAGAAGAAGGGCAAAGGCAUCUCGAGACAAAAGGGAGGCUCUAACUUCUCCUCUCCCUCCAAGACCUCGAGGCAAAACUCCAAGAGGGAGGAGAGCUCUGUGGCCACCCGAAGACUCUUCAGUGUAGACCAGAAGGGAAGACAUCUCAGCACCGUGUCUGGCACCUUCUCCAAGGACAAUGCCAGGAAAUCUGACUUAGACAUCAAGGACAACAUCUCCCUGGAGUCCACCCAGCGGCAAAACCCAUUCCGUCGGCAGAGCAGCGUCUUGGACCCCAUGUUACAGGAGAGCAUCUUUAACAACCGAAGGAUGUCCAUCAUAAGAGACUGGACGAGCAAGACCCCUGACUCCACUUACGAACGCAAGCUCAAGAGUCUCAUGGAAAAGGGCAAUGAGCCCAAGGUGGAGUCCAUGAGAAUGCUGAAGCCGGAGGAGGUGCUGAGCUGCAGGUACCUGAGGUUGUCCAAGAACAACAUCCGGACCUUGCUGAAGCUGUGCCGAGACGCAGGGCUGAACGUGGACAUCCACCCCCACAUGGUGGAAGGGGAGAUAGACACGAGGAAGGUCUUCACCCGGACCACCAGCAUAGCUCUCUGA